AUGGCUGAUGAAAAAGAAGUGAAACCUGUUGAACAAGUUGAAGAAAAAACUGAACAAGUUCCAACUAACCCAGAAAGUACCGAAGCUCCAGCUACUGAAGCUCCAGCUGCUGAAGAAAAAUCUGAAGAAACUAAAGUAGAAGAACCAAAAGAAGAAACUAAAGAAGAAACUAAAGAAGAAACCAAAGAAGAACCAAAAGAAGAAACUAAAGAAGAAACUAAAGAAGAAUCAAAAGCAGAAGAAGCUACUGAUUUUGAACCAACCGAAGUUAUUAAACAAGUUGAAUUUUACUUCAGUGAUUCUAACUUACCAAAAGAUAAAUUUUUAUGGAGAACAGUCCAAUCAAACACAGAAGGAUGGGUCUCAAUUGAUAAAAUUGCUUCAUUCAAUAGAAUGAAAAAAUUUAGACCAGUUUCAAAAGUUGUUGAAGCUUUAAGAACUUCCGAAUUUUUAGAUGUUUCAGAGAAUGGUGAAUUAGUUAAACGUAAAAACCCAAUUUUACCACCAAGUGAUUCAGAUAAACAAUUAAGAUUCCAAAGAAGUAUUUACGCUAAAGGUUUCGGUGAAGAAACUCCAUCAAUUCAAGAAGAUUUAGAAAAAUUCUUCAAUCAAUAUGGUAAAGUUAAUGAAGUUAGAUUAAGAAGAGAUGAUAAUAAAAAAUUCAAAGAAUCCGUUUUUGUGGAAUUUGCUGAUUUAGAAGAUGCUAAAAAAUUUGUUGAAUUAUCAGAAAAACCAAAAUAUAAUGAUAAUGAAUUAUUAAUCAUGAGUAAACCUGCUUAUGUUGAAAUGAAGGCCAAUAAUGAAAAUUUUGGUGGUAAAAACAAUCAAAAAAAGAGAAAAUUCAAUGGUUUCAAAAACAAAAGAGGUGGUAACUUCAAACGUUCAAGAAAAUAG